AUGGCAUCAGAAGAAACGCCGUCAAAACUCUUACGUCAGUUGUCAAGGGCUCUUGCUCCAGACCAACAAAUAACGCCCUUGAGGCAAAAAGUUGGCACACGAAGACGAGUUUCCACUCCGCGUACGCCAAGGACGCGUCGAACGUCUAUUAUACAUUUAACACCAAAUGCUACGCCGCCGGGGUUUGUACAAAAAUCUCAUGACGAUAUUACCAAUAACUAUAGUGAUCAAGUUGAUAACUAUAGUGACCAAGUUGAUCAACUUACAGAGACUAUAGAAUUCACAAGAGAGAUUAAACUUAAUAAUCAGGAUGUGAAUGAUGAUGAGAUUAUUGAUAUUAAUAAUGAUCAAGAUACAGAGACUAUGGAAUUCACAAGAGAGAUUAAACUUAAUAAUGAUCAAGAUACAGAGACUGUGGAAUUCACAAGAGAGAUUAAACUUAAUAAUCAGGAUGUGAAUGCUGAUGAGAUUAUUGAUAUUAAUAAUGAUCAAGAUACAGAGACUAUAGAAUUCACAAAAGAAAUUAAACUCAAUAAUCAGUACACCGCGUGUCACCAAUUCGGUCGUUCCGUCUGCGCGGAAACUGUGGCCGGCGACAUGGAGGAGCUGUCUGAGUUCCGGUUUAACGAGGAUAUGAAUGCUGAUGAGAUUACUGAUAUUUAUAAUACGGAGACUAUGGAAUCUACAGGAGAGAUCAUUUAUAAUACGGAGACUAUGGAAUCUACAGGAGAGAUCAUUUAUAAUACGGAGACUAUGGAAUCUACAGGAGAAAUCAUUUAUAAUACGGAGACUAUGGAAUCUACAGGAGAGAUCAAUACUAUUUCCUCCAAACCCAGGGGACAACCACAACUACCCCAAUCACUAAUUAAGAAAGUGUUUAAUAGUUUUUCAAAUGCAAAAUUAUCGAAGACUGCCAUGCAAGCAGUAUUUGAAGGGACACAACUAUUUUUUGAGCAAAUUACCACAGACUUGGCGACAUAUGCUGCACAUGGUAAACGAGAAAUUAUUCAAGACAAAGAUGUGUUAUUAUUAAUGAAAAGGCAAGGAUUAAUCAAUGAUAAGAUUAGUUUUGAACAUUUGGCGGAAAGACAUUUGCCACGUGAAUUAUUGGAUGAAGUUUGCGUAGUUGCUCGUGCAGGAAAUAG